AUGUCUGGAGGCAAAUCUAUUGGUAUUGACUUGGGUACAACCUAUUCCUGCGUUGGUGUGUGGCAGAAUGAUCGUGUUGAAAUCAUCGCCAACGAUCAGGGUAACCGCACCACUCCCUCCUAUGUUGCUUUCACCGACAGCGAACGUUUGAUUGGUGAUGCCGCCAAGAAUCAAGUCGCUAUGAACCCUCACAACUCGGUCUUUGACGCCAAGCGUCUUAUUGGUCGUCGUUUUGCCGAUGCUGAAGUGCAAUCCGAUAUGAAGCACUGGUCUUUCAAGGUCAUUGAUCGUGAAGGCAAGCCCGUCAUCCAGGUGGAAUACAAGGGCGAGACCAAGACUUUCACUCCUGAAGAAAUCUCCUCCAUGGUGCUUUUGAAGAUGCGUGAAACCGCCGAAGCUUACCUUGGUCAUGAAGUCAAGAAUGCCGUCGUCACCGUUCCCGCUUACUUCAAUGAUUCUCAGCGUCAGGCUACCAAGGAUGCCGGUCUCAUUGCUGGUUUGAAUGUUCAGCGUAUUAUCAACGAACCUACCGCCGCUGCCAUUGCUUACGGUUUGGACAAGAAGACCGAAGGCGAACGCAAUGUGCUCAUCUUUGACUUGGGUGGAGGUACCUUUGAUGUGUCCCUCUUGACCAUCGAAGAUGGUAUUUUCGAAGUCAAGGCUACCGCUGGUGAUACCCAUUUGGGUGGUGAAGAUUUCGAUAACCGUCUUGUUAACCACUUCAUGCAAGAAUUCAAGCGCAAGUUCAAGAAGGAUAUCUCUGGCAAUGCUCGUGCUGUCCGUCGUCUUCGUACCGCUUGUGAACGUGCUAAGCGUACUCUCUCUUCGGCUGCUCAGACCACCAUUGAAAUUGACUCGCUCUUUGAAGGUGUCGACUUUUAUACCUCUUUGACCCGUGCCCGUUUCGAAGAAUUGUGUCAGGAUUUGUUCCGUUCUACCAUGGAUCCUGUUGAAAAGGUGCUCCGUGAUGCCAAGAUUGACAAGGGCUCCGUUCACGAUAUUGUUCUCGUCGGUGGUUCCACCCGUAUUCCCAAGGUCCAGAAACUCGUCUCUGACUUCUUCAACGGCAAGGAACCCAACAAAUCCAUCAACCCUGACGAAGCCGUCGCUUAUGGUGCUGCUGUCCAGGCCGCCAUUCUUUCCGGUGAUACCUCUGAAAAGACCCAGGACUUGUUGUUGCUCGAUGUCGCUCCUCUUUCCCUCGGUAUCGAAACCGCUGGUGGUGUCAUGACCGCCCUUAUCAAGCGUAACACUACCGUGCCUACCAAGAAAUCCGAAAUCUUCUCGACCUACGCUGAUAACCAGCCCGGUGUGUUGAUUCAGGUCUUUGAAGGUGAACGUGCUCGCACCAAGGACAACAACUUGUUGGGCAAGUUCGAACUUUCCGGUAUUCCCCCUGCUCCUCGUGGUGUUCCUCAAAUUGAAGUUACUUUCGAUGUCGAUGCCAACGGUAUUUUGAACGUCAACGCUCUUGACAAGACCACUGGCAAGUCCAACAAGAUCACCAUUACCAACGAUAAGGGCCGUCUGUCCAAGGAAGAAAUUGAACGUAUGGUCAACGAUGCCGAGAAGUACAAGGCCGAAGAUGAGGCUGCUGCUGCCCGUAUUACUGCCAAGAACGGCCUCGAAUCCUAUGCUUACAACAUCCGCAACACUCUUCAAGACGAAAAGGUCGGUGGUGCUCUUCCCGCAGAUGACAAGGAGAAGCUUACGGCCGCUGUCGAUGAGGCUAUCAAGUGGCUCGACGAAUCCCAGGAAGCUUCCAAGGAAGAAUACGAAUCCAAGCAAAAGGAAUUGGAAGAAGUCGUUAACCCCAUCAUGAUGAAGUUCUACCAAGCCAACGGUGGUGCUGCUCCUGGUGGUAUGCCCGGUGCUGCUCCUGGUGCUGCUCCUGGUGGUUUCCCUGGUGCCGGUGCUGGUGCUGACAACGAUGGUCCUUCUGUUGAAGAAGUUGACUAA